CGACAGGAGAGUGGGCUUUCAAAGGUUGGCCCAUUCCCACAUGACCUGCCUUUGCCUUUGCUUGUUUAUUUACGCUCCCAAAAUACCUGCCUCCUUCCUUCCUUCCCUCAAAAACCACCGCCUGUGGCUGUGUGCAAGAGAGAGGGUUUGUGUUAGAAGCUGAUAGCUAAUGGAGUUUUGUCCUACUUGUGGGACUAUGCUGCAAUAUGAGUUGCCCCAUAUGGGGCGCCCUUCCAGAUUCUUCUGCCCGACAUGUCCCUAUGUAUGCUAUAUAGAGAACAAGGUUAAGAUAAAGAAAAAGAUGCAUUUGGAUAAGAAGGAUUUAGAACCUGUCAUCACUGACGAUGACAUGAAGAAUGCAUCUCAAACUGAUGCAACAUGCCCAAAAUGUGGUCAUGGAAGGGCUGCGUACGUACAAUUUCAGACUAGAUCAGCUGAUGAGCCGGCAACAAUAUUCUAUACGUGCAUGAAUGAGACUUGUAGAAGUACCUGGCGAGAGGACUAAUCAAGAUAUCUUAAUAGAGACAUCUUACAAUUAUAUACCAACACUUCUAUUUAGCAAUAAAGUUUCGCCCAAAUCUGACUUGGUCUGAA